GCGGGGAGUAGACAUGUAUGAUAUAAGUAUGAUGAAUAAUCAUCUAGUAAAAGAUUAGAAUUUGAACAGUCUGUGUUUGAUAGUACCAGAAAUUACAGCUAUGAAGAACGAGGAACAUGCAGAAAAUACAGAAAAAGGAUCAACGACAAUUUGUGGUGGACUCGGCAUCAGACACCUGCAAGUUCUUUUACAGUUCUUUGGAAUGGUAAUUGGAUAUUGUCUUCGAGUGAGCAUGUCGGUAGCUAUUGUUGCAAUGACACAGAAUGAUCAAAGCACUGAUCGUGCAUUCGAGGUCUACAAUUGGAAAUCGACGGAGCAGUCACUGAUCCUCUCUUCUUUCUUCUGGGGCUACACGAUAAUGCAAAUACCAAGUGGCUACAUAGCUACAGUAUGGAGCGCACAAAAAUUACUCAGUGUUGGAGUAUUGCUUUGCGGAAUCUUAAACAUUUUGACACCGACCGUUGCUCAUUAUGGGAGUUACAUUGGUGUUUGUAUUUGUAGAGUAGGCAUGGGACUGUGUCAGAGUUGUCUUUUACCGUGUAUACAGACUUUGCUUUCUAAGUGGGCACCGCCAUCCGAACGAGCACGACUUGGUACGCUUGCUUACGCUGGGGCACAAUUUGGGACCGUGAUUUGUUUCCCAAUUUCUGGUGAAUUAGCAGCUUCAAGUGUUGGCUGGCCAUCUAUUUUUUAUACGUUUGGUGUUUUAGCGAUAAUUUGGGCCAUUGUAUUUUUCAUUUUUGGUUCGGACAGUCCUUCUAAGCACUCGGGGAUAUCGGAGAAAGAAAGGCGAUAUAUAGAAGAUAGCUUAAAAAAUCCCGGGGAUAAAGAAAAAUCAGAUAACAAAACGCCGAUGAAAACACCAUGGAAAGCUAUAUUCACCUCAGUACCGAUGUGGGCUCUUAUAAUCGUACAUUGUGGACAAAAUUGGGGCUUUUGGACUCUUAUCACAGAACUACCAAUUUACAUGAACAAUAUUUUAAAAUUUAAGUUGGAGGAGAACGGUUGGAUAUCGGCGCUCCCUUAUUUAACGAUGUGGAUACUAAGCUUUCCAACAUGCUGGUUAGCUGAUUAUGCUUUAAAGAAGAAUAUCUCAAGAGGAGUAAUUCGAAAAGUUUGCAAUACGAUUGCACACUGGGGACCAGCGAUAGCUUUGAUUUGUCUUGGUAUGAUGUCGGUGCACGAUGCCACCGUGGCUACAGCUAUUCUUGUGAUAGCUGUAGGUUUAAAUGCUGGAUCUCUAUCCGGAUUUCAAAUUAAUCAUAUCGACAUAAGUCCAAAUUUCGCUGGCACGUUGAUGUCCAUUACAAAUUGUAUAGCAUCUAUAAUUGCAAUAAUCGCACCAAUAGUCUGCGGCAUAAUCGCAAACGACGAGAAAGAUGUGACCCAGUGGAAUAUAGUAUUCUACUUGUCUGCUGCUAUUUAUAUUCUAGGAAAUUUAAUUUUUGUUAUUUUUGGCAGUACUGAAAUUCAACCAUGGAAUAAUCCUGAAACUACGAAUGUCAAAGGACAAAGCGAGAAAGAAUUAACAGUUAUAUGAAUAUGCAGAAAUAUCUGCGUUAUAUUCCGUUAGAGUCGCAAGCGCCAUACACGUUUUCAGAAUGUUUUUUCAAAUAAAACUUGAACCGUAUGUGGUUUCUCUGUAACAUCAUAUACGUAUACAAAUUGGAUCUAAGUAAUUUCUAUAUAUGUAAUUCAAUACAUCUAACCAAUGACUAGCUACUGUUAUUAUUCCAAAUUUAGAGGAACGAUCAAUUUUAAAAUCCAAGAAUUCUUGAAACUGUUUCCUUUAUUUUUUCAUUCAUAAAGUUUCUUCUUCAACGUGGUUGAUAAUUGAGAAUGUGAUAUAUGUAUUUAUAUUAGUAAAUACCAAAAAAGUAAUUAAACGUAAUUCUAAGUGUAAGGGAUAGACAAUAUCCCUUUGUACAGAUUUAGGAUGUUUAGACGACAGAACGGCUAACAUAAUGAAAAAGAGGCUGUGCUUUACAAAACUAAGUAUACAUGUAUAUGUAGAUGAUUAGCUUCGAUAAUAUACUGUUCGUUUCCAUGUUCGUAAGGUGCAAGAUUGCUUUUGCUAUAUUCUAGUCUUGAUUCAAAUCUUUCAUCAAACAGUUUAAUGAGACCAAUUUUUAUUUAGGUCUGAGAUUAAAAAAGGAAUUUAACUUGUAACAUACCAAAAUUUAGAAUAGCUUGAAUGGAAGAGGUAACGUGAAGCCUUUAAUAAAAUAUUAGGUUAUCUCAUAAAUAUAGGUAUCCUUCUUUAUGACAUGUUAAAUAAACAUCAAUAUCAUACUUACUAUGUUAAACAAACAUCAAUAUCUUACUUACAUUUAUUCUUUGAAAGAGAGUCGUUUUCUUGAUCUAAAUAAAA